UCUUCUUCCUCCUGACUGCCUUAAACAAAGGAGAUCGGAAUUGCCGGUACUUUCGAUAAAUUACCAACGACGUCGAGUUCCUAUUGGUUUAACACUAGAUCUGAUUUUUAGCUUUCUUCAAGGGUGUGGUAGUAAUGGGACGACACUUUGCACAUGUAAUUUAUUCCAAAUCUGAAAAUGGUAAUUCUGGAGGUCUGGGUUUGCACAGAAAGUAUUUAAGCUCAGGCAAAUCCUACUCAAACGACAAUGUUGAAAUUACAAGCAAUGGCUCUAUAUGCAGCGGUAAGAGGAAGACGAGGAAGCUUAUACGUUCUGGCUUCUCAACUAGAGACAAGCAGAAGCUGAAGCAACAUACUUCCUUGACAAGAAAUGGAAGAAAAGAAAAACACUCAUCUUUCGGAAGGAAAGGAAGUAAUAAGUUUGCAAGGAUGAUUGAAACAUUGAAUGAAGAUGUGAUGAGAGAAAUUUUACUGAAGUUGCCUUUGUAUACUUUGAGCUGCAUUAAAAGGUGGGUGGAAUUGGCAUCUGACCCAUCAUUCAAGGCUAAAUAUAUGGCCUUAAACACAGUUCUUUUGGGCUUUGCCUAUGUGACAGAUAACGUAACAUUUCUGGCACCUGCAAAAUUCAUUCCUCUGCCUCAUGCCGUCAUAUGCUUGCCAGAGUAUAGUAGUAUGUCCUUACGGGAGAACAUUGAAGUGUCUUAACUUCAAAAGUUUCGUAAUGAUGAUCGUUUUCCUCCUCAACUACCCAAAAAUGAUCCUAGAUCGUUUCCAUCUUAUAACGACUUCAUCACGUGCUCUUCUAAUGGAAUCCUCCUGGAGCUUCAUCUUCGUAAGGCUUCUUUGUUUUUUUCAUUGCAUAAUCCUAUAUCUGGACAGUCAGUUCUCUUACCAAGGCCUCCAGCUGGACACAUUUUUAAUGAGGACAUUUAUUUCGGCUCUUUAGCUUCCUAUGGAUUGGCUACUGAUUUCUUUCCAAGCCAGCCUCAUAUUGUUGUCAUAGAGUUGUUAGAAGAUAAUGGGGGUUUGCAAGUCAAUUCUUUUUCUUCAAAAUCUUGCACUUGGAAAUUAAGGCAUCACUAUGUGCCGCCUACUUCUUAUGAUGGUAUUUGUGACAGAAUUAUAAUAUCAGAUAGAGGCAUUCAUCUUAAUGGUGUGAUAUACUGGUGGUAUUAUCGUUGUGGGUUCUUAGCCUACGAUGUUCAACGUGAGUCUUUUGAUUUCAGCUUGCUUAACAACACACCCCCUGGUGAUUCAGUUGUUGAUUCUGAUGAGCUUUGCUUCUGUCAGCAAAUCAGUUCAAAGUUUCCUGAUAGAUCGUCAUGUAUAAAUUUAUACCCUUGCACAUGCCAAUUUUUGGGGAAGUCACAAGGAACACUGUGCUAUAUCAGGGUCGUUGAUCAUGCCAGAAUUUCAACGUGGGCUCAUCUUGGGGGUCAUUGGUCAAAUAGGAGGUGUUACACUCUUCGCGCUCUGCCCAUAUCUCUCAGUGUUGGUAGGAUACUGAGCGUUGAUCCGCUGGAUUGUGAUGUUUUGUACAUCAGGCUAUCAACAAAGAUUGUCUCGUAUCAUCUAGUGCGUCAUGAGCUAAAGGUGAUAUCCACAAUAACAUUGAAAAAAUUGUCUUUUGAGCGUCUUUAUGGCACUGUCGUUCCCAUUCUUCCUUAUGAAGCACCGAAGCUUCCUGCCUCUCUCCACCCUCGACAUCUCUUUUCUUCCUUAUUUGGAAACUCUCUCUGUACUGAAGUUAAAUGUUGGGGCGAUGAGUUUGGGAAGUUUAUAAUAUAUCCUGAUGGACAUGUACACGACAUGGCAGAAUCACAAAGUUCUGAUGAUGGCUCCCCAUGUUGGUUUAAACGUUGUCGAUUACAAAUUGCUGGCUGUCAAAGUGUCUGCUUCUAAAUAAGUUGAGGUUUUUUCUUCAGUUUUCUCAUCAAAUUUUACUGACUACACCAGUGGCUGUAGCUUUAGUGGAGAGGAGCUUUUUGAGUUAAAUUAUUGAAGACAAAUUAGAAUCUUCAAUGUCUCAACAAAGAUUGAGCUUGACUCAAUCAUUGAUGAUUUUGCAUUUAAGAACGGUUGAAUAAAUUGUUUUUUGUAGUUUUAUCUGUAUGAAAUACAUAAAAGUUGUUUUUGAGCUUUUUAUUAUGUCCCAGGUCUACAAAAUGUCAAGACUGGGCCUGCCUAUCAUGGUUGACAUAUUUUACUACUAUUUGAAAUGAAUUGACAACGAAUUUGCAUUCAAGGGACUCGAAGAGGAUUUCAAAUUAGGUUGCAACAUUUGCCAUGUCUAGAAGCACCUGAAGAAUGGAUAGAGCGAGUACAUUCACAGCAGUACUUCCAAGACGUAAUGAAGUGUGAAGUCAGCAAUCGGGAAACAAAGAAUUUACUUGAGAAGUAUAAUAAUGUAGAUUCUCAUGACAUGUACUUAAGCCGAGGUUCUCGUGAAGCCAUGCUCAAUGCAGCGGGUGGUGUUGUAACGG